AUGAACAAGUUAUUCAUUAUCCUUUUGGCUAUCGGCCUGGCCAGUGCUCAUACUUUUGUCAAACGCGAUGCACCUGCAACAGCUACGAGUAGUAUAGAGAGCUAUAUCGAGACUGCCCAAAAGCAGUUGCAGGAGGCUUUUGAUCCUGAAGUUAUUAAAAAGAACUUUAAUGAUAUUGUAGACAAAGUCGCCGAUGCAGCAAAGAAACUGAAGCCGGAAGAAAACAAGCAAAAAGUCUGA